AAACACCACUUACCAGCCCAUACACCAAACCUAAAUUCCAAAACAAUUCUCUCUUUUACUUCUUUUUCAACCUUCUUCUCACCUUUUUCCCUCCUUUUUUGUUCAUUCUAUUGCUUGCCCUCCCCUCUACUCUCCAUGUCUCCUUUCUCAAGUCCUAAUCUCUGCUCUCUCCCCGAUCUCAAGAUUGCCCAAUCAUAUAUAUACACUUUAUAUAUAUGCAUCCUCUAUACAAGACAAAGAAUACAAAAUCUAUCCCCUCCACAACAAGAUCUUUGAUGCUUUUGUAAAUUAAGUUUUCUUGGGUCGAAUAAAAGAAAGAAAGAAAGAAAGAAGAAGAAGAAGAGGGUUGGAGGCUUAUAUGUGCACAUGGGUGGCAGUGAAAGAGUUAUCUAUUAUUUGGUAUUCUUCCUAUUUGGUCUGUACUCUUCAGGUCCAAGAAUUACAGCAGUUGGGCAUUCAAGCAAGCUAGAAGAUGGAGCAAAACGACAUCAUCUCACUUAUAUUUCCAAAAGCCAAAAGGAUAUUACUACUCCGAUGACUACUGUUCCGACGAUCAUUCCGACCUCUCCUACUUCAUCAACUCCCAUCGUAAACCCGAAUUCAGACCCCGAUUCUACAUCGCCGGCUACCAUGACGCCGGUGAUAACUCCAACCACAACAUCAUCACCAGUAUCUUUUGGAGCUAGCUGGUGUGUAGCCAGCCCAAGUGCAUCACCAACGGCGUUACAAGUAGCACUGGACUACGCUUGUGGUUAUGGUGGUGCAGAUUGUUCGGCGAUUCAGGCUGGUGGAAGUUGUUACAAUCCCAAUACUCUUCAUGAUCAUGCUUCUUAUGCUUUCAACAAUUAUUAUCAGAAGAAUCCAAUUCCAAGCAGCUGCAUUUUUGGAGGAACUGCUGUUACUACCAGCACUGAUCCAAGCAGUGGGACAUGUCAGUAUCCAUCCACAAGCACAAGCUCGUCAGUGUUGAACACCACAAAUUCAAAUGGAGCAACUGUUUAUGGAGCGGUACCUUCAAGCCCUUCUACCCCAGCUGCUGCUGCAACUGCCAAAAUUAAUAACCAAAUUAAUGUCUGGUUAAUUACAUUACUCAUUAUUGUGCUAGCUGCUGGCCGAACGUAAUCUUUCUUCUAAUUAGUGUUAAUUUUCUUAAUUGCUUGCUUGGUAGUCUAUGUUUUUAAGCAGACUCAGAAGCAUAUAGGCUAGAGAGAGGUUACUUUUAUUCUAUUUCAUGUGUAAAUUUGUUUUGCAAAGAGACAUGUAGGCAAAGAAAUUGUGCAGCUUCCUUCUCAUUAAUGGAAGAUUGCCUGUCCUUUUGUUAAGACUCAAAAUAUUGUUAAUGUAAUUAAAAUUUUCUUGCACGUCA